GUUCAGUUUGUGAGCAUAUAUCAGUUCAUCUUUGUGUGUUCCAAUUUCCAAGAAAGCAAGAAGAUAUGGCAGACAACUCUCAGAACAUGAGCUACCAGGCUGGGGAGGCCAAGGGCCAAACUCAGGAGAAGGCCAGCGGCAUGAUGGACAAGGCUGGCAAUGCUGCUCAAUCUGCCAAGGAAUCAUCCCAACAGGCUGGUCAGCAGAUGAAGGACAAGACACAAGGAGCUGCCGAAUCUGUCAAGAAUGCAGUUGGAAUGAACAAAUGAAGCUCCAUGGACCCAUCUCGAUCCAGCUUAAUUAAUUACCUUGAGUCAUGUUACUAGUUUUUCAUUCGAUAAAGAGAGCUCGAUCGUGGGAUCGAGUUCUCACAAACAAACAAUAUUGUUUGUUUUUCUUUUAGGAGGUGUUAACUGGUUUAUCUCUGUAAAAGGAAGAGAGCUCGAUCUGUUAUGUAGCUGUCAUCUGAUUUAUAAAAUUUUGU